AAUGUAACACCAUUUUAGAUCGGAUCCUUGUAGCGUCUCUUCCUAGUUAGUGUACCUAUGGUAAAGCUGCCAUCUCUCGAUAAAGGUGUGUUGCCUCUGCAAAAGCUUCGAGACGAAUACGUUCGCGCUCUGACGCAUCUGCUGGAUCAUUUGGGCACCGAUCGAGUGUCUUUGGUGCUCUCUAAGCGUCUGGCAGCGCUGUUGACGCACGUGUUUGUUGACGGUCUGGGCGUGUUGAAGAGCCAUCAUGUAGUCGAGUGUCUGGAGCUCGCAGAAGAUAACGUCACGACAGACACGACGGUGGUGUAUCUGGCGUUUGCACGCACUGGUGACGUCCGUGCGGUGGCUGCUCACGCUGAGAAGCUGCUGAAGGAGGGAGACGAUGAAAGACGGAAGCGUCGACUGGCACUGUACGUGGUGGGCAAGUGGACGACGAUGCUGGGCCAGGCACUGGACAAUGGCAGAGUUCGGGGCAGGUUCCAGACGGGAGAAUUGGCCAUGGGUUUCUUCCCGUUAGACACGGACUUGCUUACUCUGGGCUUCCAACGCACUUUGUAUGAGUGCGAGGUGGAAGGGAACAGAAGUUCGUUGGUGGACAUGGCAGCAGCGUUGAAUUUACUGCAGCAAGUGUAUGGGAAAUUCAACCGUAUCAAGUACAAAGGAGAAAUGUCGAUGCUAGUGCUUAAUUAUUUGAUGGAGAUGAAUGCAGGUGGCUCGGGAAUGAUGAGUAGUUCGAGUGGUAUCAGUAUUGGAACACCCACUGGAGCUCAGCGAUCGCGACUGGAUACGUUGAUUCUGCUGGAUAGAAGUGUCGACUUUGCGUCCGUAUUCUCUACACCGUUAACGUACGAGGCGGUGCUGGAUGAACUCAUGGACAUCCAAGACGGGUUUAUCACAGCUUCACCGCAGAUUCUAACAGCUGAUGACAGCGCUAGUGACGAUCCUGUGCCGGUGGCUAUGAACUCGACAGACGAAAUCUUCCAGCAGAUUCGAGACAAACACAUUCACACCAUUCCAGCGGCAUUAAAUGCUCAAGCAGUGGCAGUCAAGCAGAGAUUUACAGAAUUCCAGCGUGUAAGUGCCACAGCGACGGCUGCAGAAGUCAACGAGUUUGUGAAGACAGUGCCUCAAAUGAAGGCGUCACAGCAAUCCAUUGAGCAACAUAUCAAUCUGUUGGAGUAUCUGGAGACUACGACGUCAGGUAAACCCUUUCGAGAUGUUUGGCAUCUGGAGAGGAAGAUCAUGGACCAAGCAGAUGGCGUGUUGGAUACGAUAGAAGAGCUCAUUUAUCGACAUGAAGAUCUUCGGAAGGUGCUUCGUCUACUGUGUUUAUACUGUGUUGUCAACGACGGCAUGGUACGACGUGAUCUCGAUCAAUUAAAGAUGCAUGUCGUGAGAGCUUACGGACAUGAACUCAUCUUCUCAUUCAGCAAUCUGGAGCGACUUGGGGUGCUCUGCGAACGGUGUCCACGUUCAUUCUUUUUUAACUCCGAUGAUACUGGCUGUUCGUUUCGCUAUGUGGCGCAGACUUUGUCCGUGGUCGACGUGGAUGUCAAUAUCAAGAAUCCAAAGAAUUUAGCUUUCGUCACAUCAGGCUACGCACCGAUAUCUGCUCGUCUAGUUGAAGAGGUUCUCAAACAUGGUCACUGGAGGGGCAUCGAUCAUGUCAUGAGUCGUCUACCCGGACCACGAGCAGAAGUUCACCUUACGGGGGAUAAAGCGAGCGAUGAGAAGAUGAAGUCGAAGAAGAAGACUGUGGUUGUAGUGGUUUUUGUCGGAGGCGUGACAUUCCUCGAGAUUGCAGCGUUGAGAUGGAUAGCGUCCUUCUAUCCCAUCGAGCUUAUCAUCGCUUCGACGAGUAUACUCAACGGUAAGUCGUUUAUUAGCGAGUUGCUAGAACAUGUACCACCUACUACAGCGUAAUGAGGGGUUAAGUGCCUGAAGAAUGAGUACCAGAACAAGAAGCAAGCUGCUGCGCUGGACCUGUUCUACAAGGGUGUUCCUCACACACCGGUCGACGUUUACUCUGCCAUGAAGUGAUUGUCUGAAGGCUGGAACAACGUAUCUGCAAAGACUAUUAAAAAUUGUUGGUGCCACACAGGCAUCGUCUCAAAUCAAAA